CCCACGUGACCUUGUGAGGAGACUCACUCGCUUCGCCUCACCCCCCCUUCCCCUCCGCUCCCUACUUAUUGUUCUCCUUCCUCGCGAAGGAUAGGCACUCCGAGCACUUUUGGCCCUCAUCCGCUGCCAUACUCAGAGCGCCCCGGCGUUGCUUUCGAGUCCUCCUCAGGCAAGGGCAAGAAGCGCCGGGCUUUCAUGGAGCGCAGCUCGGCGGCGGUCGGGGCCGUGAGGCGCCUCCGGACGCAGCAGCAGCAGCCCUCGCACCAAACCCAGCAGCAGAAGCGGCGGCGGCCGGAGAAGGAGCAAGAUGGAGAGAACUGGAAGAAGGCUGGGAAGGGAGGAAGCGGCGGCGGGAGGCUGCGGCUCCUGGCGCUGCCGGAGUGGCGCGUGGCGGUGGUGCUGCUCCUCUAUUGGCUCGCGCUGCGCGGGCUCGUACACCUCUCCUUCCAGCGGUUGGUCCAGUCGGCGCGCGGCCCGAAGGAAUUCAGCGCCCCGCGCGCCAGGGCAUAUCUAGAAAAUAUUACUGCAAUAGGCCCAAGAGCAGUUGGAAGCCCAGAAAAUGAAGUCUUCACAGUAAACUACCUCUUGGAACAAGUUAAAGCUAUUGAAAGAGAAAGCAGCCGUGCCCACAACAUCUCUGUAGAUGUACAAAGACCAACAGGCACCUUCAGUCUUGACUUUCUUGGAGGGUUCACUAGUUACUAUGACAAUAUUACUAAUGUCGUAGUUAAACUGGAACCCAGAAGUGGAGCUGAACAUGCUGUACUAUCCAACUGCCACUUUGACUCUGUAACAAAUACUUUAGGUGCCAGUGAUGAUGCUGUCAGCUGUUCUGUGAUGCUUGAGAUACUGCACGCUCUUUCAAAGUCAUCGGAACCCUUAAAACAUGCAGUUAUCUUUCUGUUUAACGGUGCAGAAGAAAGUAUCUUGCAGGCUAGCCAUGGCUUCAUUACACAGCAUCAUUGGGCUAAAUCCGUUAGAGCAUUUGUUAACCUGGAGGCUGCUGGAGUAGGAGGGAAAGAGCUUGUUUUUCAGACAGGGCCUGAAAACCCCUGGCUUGUAUAUGCAUACAUCUCUGCUGCAAAGCAUCCUUUUGGUUGUAUUAUGGCUCAAGAAGUGUUUCAGAGUGGCAUUAUCCCUGCAGAAACAGAUUUCCGAAUUUACCGAGAUUUUGGCAAUAUCCCAGGAAUAGACCUGGCUUUCAUUGAAAAUGGUUACAUCUAUCACACAAAAUUUGACACAGCAGACCGAAUUCUGACAGAUUCUAUUCAGAGGGCAGGUGACAAUAUUUUGGGUGUGCUCAAAUACUUAGCAACAUCAGAUAAACUGGCCAGAUCUCAUGAAUAUCGGCAUGGAAAUGUUGUUUUCUUUGAUAUCUUUGGUAUGUUUGUUCUGGCUUACCCAGCUCGCGUUGGUGCCAUUUUAAACUACACCAUCACUGCACUCGCAAUUCUUUAUCUAGGAAAAAAAAUUCUGCAGCCAAGAAAAAGAGCACUCAUGUAUAUAAAGGAACUUGCCAUUGCCUUUGGUUUCACAGUCCUUAGUUGGUUUGCAGCAUUGCUUGGCAUCCUUUUUGUGGCAAUAUUUAUUUCUCUGAUUGGGCGCUCUCUUUCCUGGUACACCCACUUCUAUGUCUCUGUUUUUCUCUAUGGAACAGCAGCUUUGGCAAAACUAAUUCUUGUACAUACAUUAGCCAAGACAUUUUAUUACAAACAUACAAAUGAGCAGUUCCUUGCAGAGAUCUUCUUUGACGUGCCAUUAGUUUUUUGGUCAAUUUCAUUGGCUUCACUUACUUACCUAGGAGUGUCCUCAGCAUUUGUCUGUGCAAUAUGGGUAGCAUUUCCUCUACUCACAAAAUUAAUCACCUAUAAGGAGUUGAAAGAAAAAGGUGCCACAAUGAAAUUCUUUACUAUGUACCUCCUGGGAAUGUCUAUUCCACACGUCUAUUCGUUAUACCUCAACUGGAUUAUAUUUGAAAUGUUUGUUCCCAUCAUGGGACGCAGUGGUUCUGAAAUCCCACCUGAUUUAAUAGUGGCUGCUUUUAUUGUUGUUAUUUCUAUAAUCCUGUCUUCCUACUUGGUUAAGUUCAUCUACCUUGCAAGAAGCACAAAAACAAUAAUAAUAACUUUAACAACAGUUUCUGUGAUCAUGUUCACACUUGUUUGCAGCGGAGUCUUUUUUCCUUACAGUUCAGAUGCAGCAAACCCAAGGCCUAAGAGAAUCUUUCUUCAGCACCUAAACAGAAGAUUUCAUAGCCUUGAUGGCCACUUGGAAAAAAGUGAUUCCGGAAUAUGGAUUAAUGGACUUGAUUAUGCUGGAAUGUCUCAUAUUACUCCUCAUAUACCUGAACUCAAUGACUCCAUUAGAACAAAAUGUGAUGAAGACUCACCACUUUGUGGCUUACCAUGGAUCCUUCCUGUGGACUAUUUAUUGAGAAAGAAUUGGUAUCUUCCUGCGCCAGCAAUUGCUCCCAAAGAACCUAUCCGCUUUCAGCUUCUCUCCAAAAAGCAAAUGCCUCAGGGUUCUACAAAGUUAACCUUUGAAGCGUCAGGUCCAAGUCACAUGUCGCUGUUCCUUCGGCCACAUCAAGGCUCAACUCUUUUCCGGUGGUCUCUUGGGGAUGGAACUCCCAUGGUGAAUGCCAUCGACGGGGAUUACUUUGUGUUUUAUUCUCAUGGGCUCCUGGCCUUGCCGUGGCAGUUUUGGAUAGAGUUGAAGGUCUCGGAUGAGAACACUAGAGGGAUGGUGACCCUUGCUAUAGUUACCCAUUAUUUAUUUGGGGACGAUCAGAAGUCUCCUCAAUUACAUGCCUUAAUAGACAGAUUCCCCAACUGGACAUUUCCCUCAGGCUGGGUCUCCACUUAUGACCAAUUUGUCUUUUAAUCCAGCAGCAACUCAAAAGCCAGUGGUUGUCCGUACAUUGUUGGAUGUGAUUUCUUGUCACAUGAUGUCUGGGCAAGUUGGAGAUGGUAUUAUUGACAGAAAAAUAACUUAGCCACAAGUGUAUUUCUAUGGCAGCUGAGAACCAUAAAAAAUACUACUAUAUUUCCUGCUUGGUCAGGAAGGAGGGGAUCUCUGGGUAUUUUAUGCAAAACUAUCCCCUUUUUCUCCCACUCAAAUGGCCUGUUCACCUCUUGUCUGCUUAACAUGAAAACUGCUUUUGUUGAAGUGGCAUUAGAACAGCCCUCCUGGGCAUCUUGCAAUAAGAGAGGCUUUGUGCAGAAACUCCCAAGCACAAUGUAUAAUAAUUUCACAGGCUUCAAUAACGCUCGUGCUGCCAUCCUUUAGUAUUGUAUUUUCAUCUGUCCUAAUCCACUAAAGACUGUGCCUCGGAGACUUUUAACACUGGAGAUCAUGAAAGUUAAGGAAGAAGUCAUGUGAUCACAGUUUGGCAGUACUGAUGCUCAUUUUGUAUGCAAUCAAAGUCCUUUAAAUUGUAAUGCUAGAGAACGUGGUGAGCGGGCUCCAAAUUUUGCGUGGUCUGAUGGUAUUCCUGGGUCCCCCUCCCCUGAACGAUUUGUGAUUCCUUCUUUGAUCCUUCUACUGCUGUGUCUCUUGCAGUAGAGGCUGGAUCAGACCCAUCUUCUCUUUGGGAAUCCUUGAACAUGAAAGCUAGUCACGCAGGUGUCUGAUGCAAGCACAUAAGCACUGUUUUAUAUAUUUCUAAGCACUGAGCCACCACUCUGGCCUUCCGUAUGCAUAAGUGUGAGUGUUUUGUAAUUUCGUUAUGGGUAAUCUGUUGAGUAAUUGUUGAAUUACCGAUGACUAACCUUUGUAUUAUUUAUUUGAUUUUCUUUGAGGUCUCCACAUCGACUCAAAAGUUGUGAGCUUUUGUGUUGGUUUUGGAAAACUUCCCAUGUCUAAAUGUCUAGAAAGUGCUUUUAUCAAAGAGGUUCAGUUGAGGGUGUCUGAAAGUUUAAGAAUGAGUAUCUGGUAAGGGAAUUGCUAUGGUUUCCCCUCCUCUCUUGAAUUUUAAGACCGUAAUCCUGUGGCCUCUGAGAAAGCAUCACAGGGACUAUAGAGUUUAUGGUGGAGCACUUUCUAUGUCCAAUUCCAAGAGAGGGGGCCACUUGCUCAAGCCACCUUCUUGCCAAUCAGGAAACAUUUGUACCCCUUUCCUGACUCCAGUGUUGAUGCUCCAGAUGGGCAGAAGAAUGGUCUUUUGUGUGUAUAUUGGGUGGUGGAAUCGUACCAAUUAAUGGUUUGAGACCACAGGACCUGAAGUACCCGUUUCCUCCAAGUCAACAGCAAGGUACUCAGAAAUGUCUUUUCCCCAUUUGAAACACUGGGAACGGAUGGGGAAGGAAGCAAGGCAGACAGUGUAACCAAAGGCAAAAAAAUUAAAAGGUAAAAAGAUACUCUCCUUGUUUUCAUGACAUCCUCCAUGCCAUAGAAGUGUUUUAUUGUGCAAAAGUAAAUUCCAAAGAUGACAGUUUAUGGGGGAAAUUAUUUCCAAAGCCAGAUACAUUGACCAAAGCCUCCUUUUCAUUCAUUCAUCUAGAGCAGAAAGGUGGCUGCCAGCAAGUCUCAUGAACUAGAAGCCAUUAAGAAAGGAUACAAAAAAGCACACAAUGUCUGGUAUUGUCUUGUUAUGAUUGGUGCUGGGAUAACUGGGGACCAGGAGCAGGUUACUUUUUGGAUAUUGAACAGGAAGAGUUUCUUCUUGUGUGUUGCAGCUCUACCUCCUACAUGCCAAACAGCUACUAAUUGGCCGGAGAUAGUUCUCUGGAGGCCUUCGUUAUAUUAUUGUUUGUCUGGCAGUUGUCAAGAGAUGGAUUUCUAUGCUCUCCCAGUGUUCAGUAGGAUCGUGGCUACUGUGCUUAUUAUAAUAAAGUAUUUGAUAUCUAUGUGUGAUGACAAGAUGGUAUAGCAAAUUUUGUCAAGGAACACUUUAUAAGAUCUUUGGGAAAACGUUUUUGUUUUCCUCAAAGAUCCCAAACACAAAGAAAGUAUCUCAGGCUAGAUCUGCCUUAUAUCCCAGGAUCUGAUCCCAGAUUAUCUUGUCCUAGAUUAUCUGGCAGCAUAGACUCAUACAAUCCAGUUCAAAGCAGAUAAUCUUGGAUAAGAUCCUGGGAUAUAGGGCAGCAUAGAAUCUAGCCUCAGAUAGCAGCCAGCUCAUGCAUGUUUCCCUUUCUCAGAUUCUUUUACUGCCCAGUUUCUACUUCUAAGGAGGGAGAAAGUUGUAUGUCGUGUGUAUAAUGUAAAGUGGAUCAUUCUGCUACAAUGAAAGAUGUAACUAGCCAAAAUAUUCAUAUGUAAGUUCUUCCAUAUGUUGCACAUAUAUUCUAACAAAUUAUGCAUAUUUUGGUAGAGCACCAGAAGAAGAGCAGUGCUGGAAAACUAAAAUAAUCAGAUAUUAGUUUACACCAAGCUCACUGGGAAUAUUUUUAUGAUGUAGGAGCUUUUUCAGGGGAAAAGAUAACAUCUAUAUGAAAAGGACAAGGUGAGAAAUUUUAUGUUUAGACAGCAUUUAUCUGGAAGCACGUUUCAAACCGUUUUUUGCAAGUGAAUCAGCUACUAGUGCUGAUAGUACUUUAGCUUGACUAAGUGGAUAUAUUGUUCCAUUUACAUAAAUUCUCAAGAUAACCAAUUGUUGUCAGUCUCUCCCCCCCCCCCCCCAAAAAAAAAAAAGAAGUGACUCUGCCAUCUUGGAAAAUUCUAAUUGCAACUUACAAGCAGGUUUGCAGAAAUGCAAAUUUCAAUAUUACAUUAAAUACCCUAUUCCCAGGCAUUUAGCUCUCCCUAUCUUUGUGUUUUGCGGUCUUUUCCUGCUUCAAGAAAUGCAACCCACAUGACAUCAGGACACAGACAGUUGUACUUGGCAUGAUGGAGUGGGGACACAAAUGCAGAGUUCCCCUUGUUUAUUGCAAUACAUCAUUUAGCCUUAAAUAACAGCAUUGCUUUAGGUACUAAAUUCAAACACUUGAAGCAAAGCUGACCAAAUGUAGCCUAUAUUAACAUGCAUGGAAUCCUUGUUUCCAAAGCAGCUGAUCUUGCAUGCAAUAUUUUAACUUCUAUUUAGAAAUGUUUUCUAGCGAGAAAUGAGCUGUGUUGUAGAUUGUUUGUCUCUCUUUACGUAUUGCUCUAUCCAUGUGUGCUUAAAAUCUCACUGCACUUUAUUGUGCAGCUCUCCAACAAAACAAAGCUUGGAGAAUUUCUAAAUCUGUUGUACAGAAAUGCACAAAGCAUCCCAUUGUGCCUCUAAACUUUGGUGUGACAUUUUUUUAAAUGACUGCAUGAUGUAUAUACAGAAAAAAAGGGGGGGGGGGACCUAAAUUUCUCAGUGCAUGCUAGGAACAUCUGGGCAAAUAAUAAAAUAUUUGCUUAACUCAGGAUGCAUCUUUUAUUAAGAAGCUGAGUGCCAUGUAGGGUGUCUUUUUGGUGAAUUCCUGCCUUUUAAAACAAUACUUAAUUGUUUAAGCACACGGAUAGUUCUGUCCAGCUUUCCUUGGUUUAAGCAUUACACUGAAAGCCCUAAACAGAGUUGUUCAGUUUCAAAGUUCUCAUUGACAAAAUGAGUCUAUGUGGACCCCCCCCCCCCAAGUUUACUGCAUUUAUUACAAAGCUACAUUAUUUAAUUUAGCUUAACUGUGGACUUGGGUUUUUAUUGAAUUGAUCUGUGCUUCUGUAUAACAGGGUCAGGUUAUAUUUAGAGGCUCUAUAAAACAAAAAUAAAUGGUGUGAUGGAGAAACAGCUCUCUCUAUGCUAUGAUAUUUUUCUGUGUGCAAGAACACUUCUGCACAGAAAUUCCAGGUAUGAGCUCUCAGCUGCUGUUUAAAGUGUUAUAUUAGCCGUGCAGUCCUAUGUGUCUACUCAGAAAUAAAUCUCAUUGAGUUCAGUAUGGCUUAUUCCCAUGUAAAUGUCUAUAGGAUUGCAUCUUAAGAACUACAGGCUUACUGACAUCUUCUGAAAACUAAGCCAUAGUUUAACCAGAUGUUAGAAUUACUAUGGAAGAAAUUCACAAGAAGCCAAAAGGAAAAUGGAAUGUAUGUAAAGGAUAACCAAUGCUAAAUAAAAUAAUUUUAUGAAUAAAAA